AUGCCUCUCAAUCAGAAAAAGAAGAAGUCUUUCUGGAGCUGAUGAGGGGGAGGAGAGGAUGAAGAUGUCAGGGUAAUGCAUUUGUCUGGAGAAACCUUCCCCAGAAGAUUCCCUAGCAACAAAAUUAAUAAUACCAAAUACAAUAUCUUGAACUUCAUCCCAAAAGUUUUGUAUAAUGAGUUCAAAUUUUUCUUCAAUUUGUUCUUCCUCUUGAUUGCACUUUCACAGUUUAUUGAGCCGUUAAGAGUCGGAUUUCUAUUCACCUAUGUAGCUCCUUUGGUGAUGGUGCUUGCCAUUACCAUGAUAAAGGAGGCGAUAGAUGAUUUUGCAAGAUUUAGGAGAGAUAAAGCGAUCAACCUUGCAUGCUACAGAGUUUUUGAAAAAGGCGUUUGGAAAGAUCUCUAUUCAAAGAAUCUCAAAGUAGGCCACCUAGUGAAGGUAAACCAAAACGAAAGAGUUCCAGCAGACUUAAUCUGUUGUUAUACUACUGAACCAAAAGGAACUGUGUUCAUCAGGACUGACCAACUUGAUGGAGAAACAGAUUGGAAGCUAAGGAGGGCUAUUGGUUUUAUCCAGAACAAGGCAGAGCCUGACAAUAUUCCUUCACUAAUGGGAGAAGUUGUUGCGAAUCCUCCAACUAACAAAAUCUAUGAUUUCCAAGGUUACUAUGAAAAUCGUGUUCAAAAUGUGAAGGAACCUCUAAACUUAGAGCACACUCUAUGGAACAACACUGUGCUUGCAUCAAGUGGAUAUAUUAUUGGGAUGGUUGUUUACACAGGAAAGCAGACAAGAUCUGCUAUGAAUUCUAAGUCACCAAGCUCUAAAGUAGGAAAAGUAGAUAGUGAAAUUAACCGGCUCUCUAAGAUCCUCUUCAUCAUGAUGGUAAUCAUGGCUGGUACAAUCAUUAUUCUUGAUGGACUUACAGGAAUGUUCUACAUAAAAUUCUUCAGAUUCUUGCUUUUGUUAUCAAGUAUUAUUCCAAUUUCCCUUAGAGUGAACUUGGAUAUGGCUAAAAUUUGGUAUUCAUACAGUAUUGAUAAUGAUAAAGCAAUUCCGGAAACAAAGACGAGAAAUUCGAACAUUCCUGAGGAACUAGGAAGGAUCCAAUGGCUUCUCUCUGAUAAAACAGGAACUCUCACUCAAAAUGAGAUGGAGCUCAAGAAGAUCAAUCUGGAAUAUAUGAACUUCACUCAAGAUAACAUGGAAGAUGCUGCAGAACUUUUACGCCAGAAUUGAAAUAAGUAUGAUGGGCCUCUUGGCGAUUGUGAUCAAGCUAUGAUCGAUGCAAAUGGAGGGAUGAAAAAGCAACUCAAAAUGAAAAAGAGAAGAGACCCAGAAUAUUCUGUCAGAGAUUUCUUCACAGCUCUAGGAGUAUGCCACAACGUCACACCUGCUUAUAAUAAUGAUGGAGAGCUUGAGUACCAAGCAUCUUCUCCUGAUGAAGUAGCUCUGGUAAAGUUUGUUGAGAAGAUGGGGCUUGAACUUAUUGAAAGAGAUGAAGACUCUAUGUCUCUCAAGAAUCCUACAGGAAUCAAAGAGAAGUAUACAGUGCUUGCUAACUUCCCUUUCUCAAGUGAGACAAAGAGAAUGGGAAUCAUUGUAAAGCAUGAUACUUCAGGAAAGUAUAUUUUUUACCUAAAAGGAGCAGAAGUUGUUAUUGAAGAUAAAGUCCAAGCCAAUCAAAGAACUGUUGUAAAAGAACAUUGAGAAAACCUGAGUAUGGAGGGACUAAGAACUCUUGUAAUUUGCCAGAAAAUUAUCUCUGAGGAUGAAUAUAAAGAAUGGAAGAGAGAAUAUAAUGAAGCUCAGGCAUCUCUCCAAAAUAGAGACGCCAAUGUCCAAGAAGUCAUUGAACAGCUCGAAGAAAAUAUGGAGCUCCUCGGAGUCACUGGUGUCGAAGACAAGCUCCAGAAAAAUGUCCAGAUCACCAUCGAGUCAUUCAGAAACGCUGGAAUCAACGUCUGGAUGCUCACUGGCGACAAAGUCGAAACUGCCAUUUGCAUUGCCAUAUCAGCAGGACUCAAAAACAAAGCUCAGCGGUUCAAGUUCUUGAAAGAGAUCAAAGACAAAGACGCCAUCGAGAAAGCCAUCAACGAAGGAGGAGAGCACAACACUUGUCUAGUCGUCGAUGGGACCACUCUGGACACCUGACUGAAGUCAGAGUUCACUGAAAGAAGGUUCAUCGACUAUGCCAGCAAGUGUCCAGCUGUCCUGGUGUGCAGGUGUUCUCCGACCCAGAAAGCCAUCAUCACCAGACGCAUGAAAGAGUUCUGCAACAAAACUGUGGCCUCAGUUGGAGAUGGAGGCAACGAUGUAGCGAUGAUUCAGGAGUCUAAUGUUGGCAUCGGAAUUGUCGGGAAAGAAGGCCUCCAGGCAUCGCUGGCUGCAGAUUUCUCGAUCACACAGUUCUCCCACCUCAGAGACUUGGUGUUGUGGCAUGGCAGGCUUUCGUACAAGCGGACAGCCUCUCUGGCUCAGUUUGUGAUCCACAGAGGUCUGAUCAUUUCAGUGAUACAAGCAGUGUUUUCGAUUGUGUUCUACUUCGUGGCCAUUCCAAUCUACAACGGGUACCUGAUGCUCGGAUAUGCAACCAUUUAUACUUCACUCCCAGUGUUCACCCUUGUGUUCGACACUGACACAGACAAAGACUCUGUGAUAAACUUCCCUCCAUUGUACAAGACUCUGCAGAAAGGCCGACUUCUGACAUUCAAGACUUUCUUGAUCUGGACCAGCAAGAGUCUGUACCAGGGCGCAGUCAUCUUGAUGUUUUCUGUGCAGUUCUUCAACGACUCAUUCGUGAACAUUGUGACAAUUACAUUCUCUGCCUUGAUCAUCAUCGAGCUGCUGAAUGUGUACACUGAGAUCAACAGGUUCGACAGCAAAAUGUUCUUGGUGCUGUUCUGAACAGGAGCAAUAUACUUUUUGACGAUCAUAAUAUUCCGUCGCUAUUUCAACACCGCAUACAUUGACUUCAUAUUCCUUGUGAAGGUGUUACUCAUAGUGACAAUUGCUUGGCUACCUCUGCACAUUAUCAAAAAGGUUAUAGAGUUAUGAGAUCCUUCAGAACACCAGAAAUUGUAG